CAUAAUUUGAAAUAUUUACAUAUUUUUCGGCAACAAAAUAUAUGCAGAAAGAAGAAAAAUUUUUAACAAAAUUAUGGCGAAAUUAAAAGAGUUUGACACAAUUCGGCUUGACGGCAGCGCAGCAGGUGCCGCUGAUGGGCUCUUUGCCAUGCUGGCAUAUGUAGGCAUAUUCAUAUGCAUGAUCACAACAUUGGUGGGCAUAAAAAUUUGGUGGUUCAAACAUCGUCUCACCUUCGAGCACGGCCGCACGAGUAAUGGCGCUGCAGGCGGUGCCACGCCCACCGUGCCAUUACGUACGCGUAGAAACCGGGAUAAACGCAUGUCGCAAGAGAUACAUGAACCUGUUGAGGUGCAUGGCGUUUUUCGCCGACGACAAGAGGAUGAUUUGGAUAUUGUGCCAACAAAGCAAUUGCCGCCCGUUCGUAUACGUAAUCUCUCUCAAAGCACACCUUCUCUCUUUCUUAUCCCCCCAACUCGCCGGCAGGAGAAAGUUCGCAGUGCAAUCUAUGAAGAAAUCGAUCCGCCUACUCGUGAGCCACCACGUCCACCAAUCGAUUCACCGUCUCCACCAACACGAGAAGCGCCAUGUCCGCCAAUCAACUCUCUAACACCGCCACAUCAUACGCCCACAAUAAGCCUUAUAGAAGAAAUGCCCACCUUCGAUGAAUUGGAGCUGAGGUAUAGACAAAUGCAGUUGGAGGAGACAAAAGCACAGGAGUUGAGUGCAGAUUCAGUAGAAAGCAUACGACGUAAGCAAGAAUUAAUCCCUCCUCAGCCGCCGAAACGUUUCAAUCGGAGCUCGUAUAACGAAGAAAAGCUGGCAGUGGGCAUGCGUAAAUUUGUGAAAACUAAGUCAACAUCUACAGAGUUCAUAAACCGUUCACAAGAAAAGCUGAAUGAACGACGUGCAACGGGCUAUUUUAGACCCGACGAGGAACCUGUACAUAGUGGCUUGUUGGGCCGGAAGUCCACCCUGCACACAGCGCAUUCGCUUAGCAUUGAAGAAUUCGGUGAACGUCGGCCCACCGGCUAUAUCAAGUACGAAGAGAUCGAUGCUGAAGGCUUGUCAGAUUUUCGCAAUAAAUGGAAUUCUUUGCAAUCGGGCUUGAGUGCAGAUAGCCCACUAUCAUUUCAAAGCGCUGACCGUACAGACUAUGAAGCUAUGCAUGGACACACUUAUGAUCAUCUAAAUCGCGUGAGUGAAGUCGAGUUACGUACGGUGGCUGAUGGUGAGCCAACAACCCAUUUGGACGUCAAUACUGGUGCUAGUACGGCAGUGCGACAAAGUUGGCAGGGAGAACGUUUGCCGGACAAACAAGAUUCUCCAGAAUCGCAAACGAGCAUGAAUUUUACCAGCGAUGAAGAGUUUGCAGAUGAGUUGGACGGCUUUAAAGGAAAAUCACUAAUGAAAUCUGCGACAGUAGCUAACUGCAGUUUUACCGCAUAUGAAACCGCGGAAAAUGUGCAUAAGGAGCCGCAGCCGCUACACGUAGAGGCCACAAAAAAUCUUGAAGGUAAAUUUGCUGACCCAGAACAUAGUGUGCAGCAAACGACUUCACCUUGGGAGCCAGAAGAGGAAAGAACUACUUUGAAAAUGCGUAGACCCACCGGGUACGCACAGACCUUACAGCCUGAGCACUUGUGGGAUGAGCUGGAGGCGAAUAUUAAACAAGACGAACGUGAGAAACAUCUUUGGCUUGAGAUAGAAAAGGAAGUGGAACUGAAUCGAGAUUUUACAAGAAAUAUUGAAGAAGAAUUCGACAAAAUACGCCACUCGUACGAAGAGAACGAGGCAGCAUUUCUUGAGAGCAACAGUAAUUUAAAACGCGUACCCGAACAAGCACUAAUAACAACACCCGAGCCAGUGGGUUUCGGCAAAAACAUCGAAGAGGAUUGGGAGAGCUUUGAAAACUUAAGAGCAGACAAGUCAAAACCAAGCGACAACACCGCCAAGUCCGUCGUGCAGUUCAAUUUAUCUGAUUUAGAAGACGCCUAUGAAAACCAGUCCCCGUUACGCAUAGAACGUCGCCCAACUGGUUUUGUGCCCAAUAAUGUCAAGCUGCAACGCGAACUCUCGAAUAUCGAGGACGAGGACGAAGAUGUGCCUACAUCACCGUACCACACCACGAGUAACGUUGAUUUUGUGAAUGAAGAUAACGAGCUCUAUGCUAUACCAGCGCGAUCUCUAAAACAACGUCGACCAACGGCUUAUGUGCAUACAGAAAUAACUAACUUAGAAGACGAUUAUGUGCACGAGCAUAAUAAAGAAAGUAUUUUUGAACCAGCAGAAGAGCCACCAAACACCAAAGACGGUACACAAACUCGUGUACGUCCACGUCCGCGUCAGAAGGUUACAUUCGACUUCAGUAAUACCGAAUACUAUCAAACCUCAUACGGUGUGGAGGAAAAAGAACAAGAGGCAGUAACAAAAUUCUCGACAAUUUCGAAACACGCCGCUAAUGAUAGCGAUUCGGUUGAAGAGGAUGAGCCUGUCCCCACUACUAGUUUCCCCACACCCAUGCAACGCAUUACCAAAAUCCAUUACGCUGCUGAAACGUAUGACAGUACGCCCGCUGGAUUACGAGGUACUUCCCCUACCUUAUCACAAGCACCAGGUCCGUUGCCUUUUAGUGCACAGGUUGCACUACAGGUAGCCGAGUCAGACAUAAAUGGCAGUUGGACAGCGAUAAAACAAGCGACGUCUACAUCAACAGAGUCUACACAAUCAACAGUUAUUAGUGUAGCGGAGCCCCCAAAACCUGCCGACCGUAAUCCGCUGGCACAAACGACGACGGUUAGAAGUAUUACGUUAACAGAGGAGCGCAUAGUCACGCAAUCGCAACCACAAAGUACAUUUCAGCCGCAUGCUGCAGCGCGUCACCAAUACUUUGACCAAAGCUAUUACAAUUCCACGGAGGCUUAAGAGUAGGUACCAUCGAAAAAGCUGGCGAAAGGCGAAAGAAAGUUGAGUGGAGGACAAAAUGACGCAGAGGCUAGCUCAAGAUGGAGAAGUAUUAAAUGUAGUUGAACCAAAGUUAGCUUUUACAAAUACAUAAAAUGUGCCAAAAAAAAAAUAUAUAUAUAUUUAACUUUUAA